AUGUUAUUCCCAGUCCAGGUGGCAGAGAGGAUUAUUGCGACACCUCUUAUUGGGUCAGUUUAUGUGGAUAAAAUGGUUUGGGAGGAGGAACGAAAUGGGUGUUACUCUGUCAAAUCCGGGUACAAGCUUGCUAUGAAGUGUAUUUUCCGUAAUGAUAAAUACCAUGUGAAAGGUAAUUGGAAAGAAAUAUGGAAAGUGCAUGCUCCACAAAAAGCGCGUCAUCUUCUUUGGCGAUUAUGUAGGGGAUGUAUUCCAACGAGGCGUCGGUUACUAGAACGCCAUGUUGAUUGUGAUGUUCAUUGUCCAUUAUGUGAAGAUGAGGUAGAAGAUGAUGUACACGCUUUUUUCACCUGCGCUUCUGCUCAAUCCAGUUGGCAAGCAGCUGGACUGUCAUCUGUCUUGGGUUCCGCAGCUUGUCAGCAAGGUAGUGCGGCAGAUAGAGUGUUUGCCGUGUGUCGGAAUGAGGAUUACGCUACUAUAGGUAGAGUGGCUAUGCUGUUAUGGAGUAUAUGGCAGAACCGGAAUGAUAAAAUUUGGAACGAUAAUCUUAGAAGCCCAAUCCAAGUUGGCCGGGCUGCGUUUGAUCAGUGGAACGAGUGGAUUGCCGUCCAUAAGCUGCGAAGUAACGAUGAUCAGGAUGAUCCGCCUGUCAGCACCAUUCGGUGGGAAAAGCCUCGUAUAGGAUGGUUAAAGUGCAAUGUAGAUGCAGCAUUUUUUGUCAGUGCAGGUAGGACCGCGAUGGGUGCUUGUUUUCGUAAUAAUUCUGGUGAAUUUAUGGCUGGAAUUACGCAGUGGCAGCAAAUGACUUUAUCAACAGAUGAGGGUGAAGCAUGGGCACUAUUGCAAGCUAUGAAUGAAGCUAAGAGUAGAGAAUUUGCCAAAUUUAGGCAAAGAUACUUGGAUAUGUAUUGUCCCUUUGGGAAAAAGAGUACAACUCAGAAGAUGAAAGAGUGGUUCAACACUAUCUUGAAGAUAAAGAAAGAAAAUAAAGUGGACACCAAAGAUAAAAACUUGCUUAAAGAGUCAAAGAAUAAAUCUUCAUUACUUUCUUUUAGCCAUUCUAGUGAGAAUGCUAUGAGGUCAAACAAGAAUGCUCAUCAUCAACUUUGGAUUAGAUUUGUCAUGUGUUCGUGA